AUGGCCCACAUGGCCCUGCAGCUGCUGGGCUUCUUGCUCGGCCUCCUGGGCCUGCUGGGCACGCUCGUGGCCACGCUGCUGCCGCACUGGUGGCGCGCAGCGCACGCGGGCACCACCAUCCUCACGGCCGUAGCCUAUGCCCGCGGCCUCUGGAUGGAGUGUGUGUGGCACAGCACCGGCGUGUGCCAGUGCCGAGGGCACCGCUCCGAGCUGGCGCUGCCGCCRCACCUCCGCGCCGCCCGCGCCCUCAUGGUGGCCUCGUGCGCCCUGGCCGCGCUGGCGUGCGCGCUGGCCGCCGUGGGCAUGGAGUGCACGCGCUGCGCCGCCGGCACCGGCGCCAAGCGGCCGGCCGCCCUGGCCGCGGGGCUCGCCUUCGCCCUGGCCGGCCUCUUCUGCCUGCUGCCCGUCGCCUGGACCACGGCCCGCGUGGUGGCCGACUUCCACGGCGCCGCGGCGCCCGGCGGCCUCAAGUACGAUGUGGGGCAGGCCGUCUACGUGGGCUUCGCCGCCGCGGCGCUCAGCGUGCUGGGCGGCGCGCUGCUCUGCGCCGCCAGCCUCGCGGCGGCCCCCGCACCGCCCCGGCACCGCGCGCCCACCGCCGACCGCGAGGGCAGCCGCGCGUCCUCGCGGGCGCCCGCGCCGCACCGCGGCUACAGGCUGCGUGACUACGUGUGA